CCCCGCCCCAACCUUGCCUCCUCGAGCUCAGUGGGGCGGGCGCACACCCCAUCCUCGGCUCAGCCCCCCACCCCGAGCCAGGUCGACUCCUCGGCUCUGGCCGCCCGCGGGCCAAGUUCCUGGGCGGCUGUACCUCGCCGGGCUCCCGGGCCGGGUCGUGCCAGCCUGCGUGCCAGCCUUGCCAGUCUGCGUGCGCCCCUGGCGAACCAUGGAGGCCGCCCACCUGCAGCCAGCCGCCGCGGUGCUGCGGCGCUUCUCGGUGCGGGAGAGCUGCGGGCUGAACCCCGAGCAGGUCCGCUGUAGCCGCCAGAAGUACGGGCUCAAUGAACUCCCAGCAGAGGAAGGGAAGUCCCUGUGGGAGCUGGUGCUGGAGCAGUUUGAGGACCUCCUGGUACGCAUCCUCCUCCUGGCUGCCUUCAUAUCCUUUGUCCUGGCCUGGUUCGAGGAGGGCGAGGAGACGGUAACAGCCUUUGUGGAACCGAUGGUGAUAAUCCUUAUUCUUGUGGCCAACGCUGUCGUGGGUGUGUGGCAGGAGAGAAACGCAGAAAGCGCCAUUGAGGCCUUGAAGGAAUAUGAGCCUGAGAUGGGGAAGGUGAUCCGCAUGGACCGCAAGGGCGUGCAGAGGAUCCGGGCUCGGGACAUCGUCCCCGGAGACAUUGUGGAAGUGGCAGUUGGUGACAAGGUGCCUGCAGACAUCCGUCUCAUUGAGAUCAAGUCCACUACCCUGAGAGUUGACCAGUCCAUCUUGACAGGUGAAUCUAUGUCUGUGCUCAAGCACACUGACCCCAUCCCUGACCCCCGGGCUGUGAACCAGGACAAGAAGAACAUGCUGUUCUCGGGCACCAACAUCGCUUCAGGCAAGGCCGUGGGCGUGGUCGUUGCCACAGGGGUGUACACGGAAAUUGGGAAGAUCCGCAACCAGAUGGUGGCCACGGAGCCAGAGAAGACCCCCCUGCAGCAGAAGCUGGAUGAGUUCAGCCAGCAGCUGUCCAAGGUCAUCUCCAUGAUCUGCGUGGCCGUGUGGGCCAUCAACAUCAGCCACUUCAGCGACCCAGUCCACGGUGGCUCCUGGAUCCGCGGCGCCAUCUAUUACUUCAAAAUUGCGGUAGCCCUGGCGGUGGCAGCCAUCCCCGAGGGGCUCCCUGCCGUCAUCACCACCUGCCUGGCGCUGGGCACCCGGCGGAUGGCCAAGAAAAACGCCAUUGUCCGUAGCUUGCCCUCCGUGGAGACCCUGGGCUGCACCUCCGUUAUUUGCUCCGACAAGACCGGGACGCUGACCACCAACCAGAUGUCUGUGUGCCGGAUGUUCAUCAUUGACCAGGCAGAGGGAGGGGACUGCAGCCUCCAUGAAUUCAGCAUCACAGGCUCCACCUAUGCACCUGAAGGCCAAGUGCUGAAGGACGGCAAGCCCAUUCACAGCAGCCAGUAUGAUGGGCUGGUAGAGCUGGCUACCAUCUGUGCCCUCUGCAAUGAUUCAUCCCUGGAUUACAGUGAGUCCAAGAAGAUCUAUGAGAAGGUUGGAGAAGCCACAGAAACAGCCCUCACUUGCCUGGUGGAGAAGAUGAACGUCUUUGACACAGAUGUGAGCCAGCUGUCCAAGGUGGAGCGAGCUGGAGCCUGCAAUGCGGUCAUCAAACAGCUGAUGAAGAAGGAGUGCACCUUGGAAUUUUCCCGGGACCGCAAGUCCAUGUCUGUGUACUGCACACCCAUCGGCCCAAGCCAGCCCACUUCAGGCAGCAAGCUGUUUGUGAAGGGAGCCCCUGAAAGCGUGAUCGAACGUUGCAGCUACAUGCGUGUGGGCACCCGGACCGUUCCCCUCGGCCCUGCAGCCAGGGAGAAGAUCCUGGCUCGGAUCCGGGACUGGGGUACAGGCAUGGACACCCUGCGCUGCCUGGCCCUGGCUACCCGAGAUUCCCCUCACAAGAUGGAAGAUAUGCAGUUGGAUGAUGCCACCAGGUUCAUCAAUUAUGAGACGGAGUUGACCUUCGUGGGCUGCGUGGGGAUGCUGGACCCUCCCCGGAAGGAGGUUAUGUCGUCCAUCGAGAUGUGCCGCAAGGCAGGGAUCCGAGUGAUCAUGAUCACCGGGGACAACAAGGGCACGGCCGUGGCCAUCUGCCGGCGCAUCGGCAUCUUCGCCGAGACCGAGGACGUGUCCAGCAAGGCCUACACGGGCCGAGAGUUCGACGACAUGGCCCCUGAGCAGCAGCGCGAUGCCUGCCGCAAAGCCCGCUGCUUCGCCCGCGUGGAGCCGGCCCACAAGUCUAAGAUCGUGGAGUACCUGCAGUCCUUCCAAGAGAUCACGGCCAUGACUGGAGAUGGCGUGAACGACGCCCCUGCCCUCAAGAAGGCCGAGAUCGGCAUCGCCAUGGGCUCCGGGACCGCAGUGGCCAAGUCCGCGGCAGAGAUGGUGCUCUCGGACGACAACUUCUCUACCAUCGUGGCUGCGGUGGAAGAAGGCCGGGCCAUUUACAGCAACAUGAAGCAAUUCAUCCGCUAUCUCAUCUCCUCCAAUGUUGGAGAAGUCGUGUGCAUCUUCCUGACAGCCAUCCUGGGCCUGCCCGAGGCACUGAUUCCCGUUCAGCUGCUCUGGGUGAACCUGGUGACCGACGGGCUGCCAGCCACGGCCCUUGGCUUCAACCCCCCUGACUUGGACAUCAUGGAGAAGUUACCCCGGAACCCCCAGGAGCCCCUCAUCAGCGGCUGGCUGUUCUUUCGCUACCUGGCCAUUGGAGUGUACGUGGGCCUGGCCACCGUUGGGGCAGCCACAUGGUGGUUUCUGUAUGACGCAGAAGGACCUCAGAUCACUUUCCACCAGCUGAGGAACUUCAUGAGAUGCACGGAGGGUAACCCACUCUUCGAGGGUGUCGACUGUGAGCUCUUUGAGUCUCGGUACCCGACCACUAUGGCUCUGUCAGUGCUGGUGACCAUAGAGAUGUGCAAUGCCCUCAACAGUGUGUCUGAGAACCAGUCUCUGCUUCGGAUGCCCCCGUGGCUGAACCUCUGGCUGCUUGGAGCCAUCAUGAUGUCCAUGGCCCUGCACUUUCUGGUCCUUUAUGUAAAGCCGAUGCCUCUCAUCUUCCAGGUGACCCCACUGAGUGGGCAGCAGUGGGCGGUUGUGCUGAAGAUGUCCUUGCCUGUCAUCUUGCUGGAUGAAGGGCUUAAGUACCUGUCCCGAAACCACCUGAAUGGAAUCCUCAGGACAGCCUCCCAGGCAUGGAGCAGUCAUCCUCCCCCAGGACCUCCCCUGGACACCCCACAAAACCCGAAGAAAAGAACCGGAAAUGAUGGAUGCGACCCCUGCGCACUCUCACUUUCUGCCUGAAGCCUCGGGGGCUGGCUCUGCGGUCAGCGUUCAGUCGGGCAGCUCAGCGGCUGGCCAGUGAAUGCCUGAAAGCAACAUUUGGAUCCUCUGGGUUCCUGCCCCUCCAGUUUUGUUUGUUUGGAGAUUUUGUUCGCAUGUGUCUGUAGCCCCUGCCCUCCUUAGGGCUCUGCCUCUCCCAUGCUUGUGUCUCAUCCGUAGUCUGUCUGUCUCUCCACCCCACCCCUAUCUCUCUGAUAGUCACCUUCCAUCUCUCUGAGCCUGCUCCUCUGUGUUGCUCUCUCUGUCUCUCUCUGUCUCUUUGUCUCUCUGUCUCUGUCUGUGUCUCUGUUAUCUUUGUCGUCUCUGUCUCUCUGUCUGUGUCUCUCUCUGCCUGUCUCUUUCUGUCAUCUUUGUCAUCUCUGUCUGUCUCUGUCUCCCUUUGUCUCCCUUCUCCCCACCCCACCCCCAUCUCUCUCAUUGUCCCUUCUGGUCUCUCUGGGCCUGCUUCUUUGUGUGGGUCUCUUGCUCUUUCUUCCUCCCUUGGAGGCCCAGGUGUGAGGCUGCUCAUUCUCUGGGAGACCUGAAACCUUCCUGGGUUCCUUCUGCCCCCAGAGGCCUUUCCAGGGCUGGCUCGCCAGUGGGCGCACUGGUGCCAGACCUGCAGGCUCUCUUGGCCUUGAGGGGCCCGUCCCUGCAGACCCCUGAAGGUUAGUUUCAGAAUUUUUACUCAGUAUCAUCGCUUCACAGCUAGAAGGGCCUCAGAGGGCCUCUGUGCCAGGCCUCUUUACAGGUGGGGAAGCUGAGGCUGAGGGAGGUGUCUGGACAGGAGUAGGGGCAGAGGCAGGCCGUGCACGCCCUCCUUACUGAGGAGCAGUUGGAAGGACUGGGCCGCUCCCACUCAGAAUCUCCACCCCCAGAGCCAGCAUGCCCUCUCCCCUGAGCCUCUUUGCCUGUUUCCUUUGCUCGGCCCCUGGAAAACCCCUUGUUUCCUCCCACCUUGCCCAGUGGCCAGGGUUCUCUUGAGGUCCUUGGGAGAACCCCCCCCCCAUCCCCAACCAUGGUCCUCCUGGGAGCUCCUUCCUGGAGCCCAGCAGAGGUGGCAACAUCACCCAUGAGACUCUGCCUAGCUGGGCCCUCAAUCCCAAGAAGACCCCCCCACUCCCCCUCCCCAGAAUAGCUGCUCCCAGCUCUUAAGGAAGGACCCCCCACUCCAGCUGGGGGGCUUCUGGGGGGCCUGUGAGUAUAGAAGCAAAGAGACAGAGGCUCUCAAGCCCAGGCCUGGGGGUGGGGUGGGGCUGGUGUCUCACUCACCUCCACCCAACCUGCCCAGGUGAGCCCUGUGGCACCAGCCUCUGGCCUCUCCAUCCCAUGCCCAGCUCACCUCUGGUGUGGGAAGAGGGGGCCCAGUGUGAACCUAGGGACAACUGUACAGACUGGCUUAGGACAGCCCAAUGGCCAAGGCCACACAGACCACCAGCGCGUGCCUGCGACGUUCUUUGUUCACUCACAUGGGAAAGACUCAGCAACACCAGCCCCCGAUCCUCGGGGGCCUUCUGGAGACAGCGGCACACUGCUCACCGUCCCUGGCCCAGCCUGUCGGUCUGUCUCUGCAAGCAGCUCUUGGGGGUCAUGCCUGGGCUCUGCACUGCACCCACCACCAUCUCCAGCUAAGCUCUAGCCCUUCCCCCCCACACUGCCCAAGGCCUGGAGCCUGACCCUGCUUCUGUAUCCAAGCACUUUUGUGACCUUUGCUCCUGGGGCGCCAUCUUGCCUAGCCGUGGGUGAAUGGACGGAAGGAGGCCGGCAGAGGCUCCUGGGGUUUAGAUUCUCUACAAAGCUGGGAGGGGAGCGGAAGAAUGGAGAGGACGCCCAGCCCGGCUUCCUGCCUUGAGCGCCUCUGGCCAAUGAGACCUGGCUUGUCCUCCUCCUCUGGGAGGCCCCUGUACCGUCCAGGGGGGUGGGGAGGGGCUUGGGAAGCCACCUGGGUGGGGGGGGGCAUCUCCCCCUGCGCUCCCCUCCUGUGAGGACAGAGGCAGCUGCAGGGGAGGGAGCAGGAGGGGCAGCAGGCUGGGGAGGGGUAUGGCUUCCAUUCCCUUGGGCUUGCCCUCUGUCCCACCUGGGGCACCGGCCCCCCGCUGAGCCUCCCCACCAAAGCCUCAGAAUCCCCAGGAGAGCCUGCUGCCUGCCCCCAAGACUGCAAUAGCUGGUGUUGGAGGAGGAGCACGAGAGAGUUUGAGGGGGCAGGACGAGGAGGGGAGCCGACGGCAGGGUACAGGAGUGGGGCGCUUUUCGAGCCCGGGGCCCGGGCCCAGAGAGCUCCAGGCCUUUGCCAGGGGAGGUGGCAUCAUUCUGAGGAUGAGGGCAUUGUGCCAAGGAGGGCAGUCUCUUCCAUCUGCUGAGGCCGGCGGUCCUCAGGAAGUCAGACUCCUGUCCCAGACCCUCAGGGCUGGGUGAGCCCUGGGGGCGUGUGUGGGGAAGCCCAGGGUCCAGCUGUGAGCAGUUGGAGAGGAGAGCCUGGGGAAUGGGGGGGGAUGGAGGACUAGGAUCCCCGAGAUCGAGUCCCCAUCUGAGGUCCGGAGAGUGGAAGCAGGGCCCCAAAGCUCCAGAAUCAGGUGCUGGGCGCUGGAGCAAGCAGAGUAUUCCAAACCACCCCCACCGACAGGGAGGGGGGAGGGGGCGGGGCCUCCCACCGCCUCCAUCGCCAGUGCUUCCCCCCUUGCUUGUGGGCAGAUGUCUUUCCUUAAGCAAAAGAAGCCCCAACUUGACAAAGGUCACAAGUAGACUUUGGUCCUAGGCCUCCCGCCACUCCUCCUGUAAGCCCGGGCAGGGACCAGGCAGCUGCCCCAAGCUCCGAGCUAGGGCUCCCCGACGCUUAGCAGCCAUCCCCGGUGGGCAGCUCCUUUGAGAAGGGGCCCAGGGGAGGUGUCCUACCCUGAGCAAACCCGAAGACCCCAAAGCUCUCUGCACCUCCUGCCCCUUCCCUGCACGGCCACUUAGACUGUAAAUCAGUAGGGAAGUAGGAGCCAAUUUGGCUGAUUUCUUUACACACGUUCUUUGAGGACCACCCAGGUUCCAUGGUGUGAGGAUACAGAGACUUUUGCACAGCGACAUGAAUGAAAAAUAGCACAUUGGGUUCAAAAAGCCAACGGCCCAAAUGGGCGAGAAGGGGCGCGUCUGGGCCGCUGCCGGCAGGGGUGCGGCAUGUGGCGGUGGUGCAGGGAGGCCGGGGCAGCUGAGGGGACUCAUGUGGGCACCAGAGUCCGGGGACCCGGGUCUGUGCGUACAAGGACUGGCUGAAGAAUUUGGGCGUGUUGGUUCUGGCCCGCAGGGGCCGUUCUGUGCAGGACGGAUCUUCUGUUCUGUGGCACCGAGCUGAGGAAGGACUGGCGGGUGACUCUCAGUUAGAGGAAAAAGAAAAGCUCUCCAUGCCUGGAGGUCUUUGAGGCAGAUGGGCUCCAGGGGGUUCCUACUCAGGAACAGUUGGUUUGCCAUUUCCUUCUCUAAAGUCCUCAUUUUACAGAUAAGGAAACUGAGGCAGACAGGGUGCCGUGACUUGCCCAGGGUCACACAGCUAGUCUGCAGAUCUGAGGCUGGAUUUGGCCUCAGGGCUUGGGCACUCUUUGCACUCUGGCGCCCCCUAGCUGCCCCAUGGUUUGCACCAGAUGACGCCAAGGCUCCCUGUAGCUCUGAGAUUCUGUGACCGCCACCUGCCCCAGGCGUGUUGGCUUGGGUGCAGGAUUCUGGUUCUGAAUUCCUUUCUUGGAACUCCAAGUUCAGGCAGCAAUCCUUUCAAGGAAUCUUCAUCCUCUCAUGGGUCUCAGGAGUCCUUUGGACACUGAGCAGGGAAGGGCUCUGGGAUCACUGCCCCCAGUGUACCCCAGGUCUGGGAGGAUUGGGGUGGAGAGCAGGGAGCCCUGGGGGGGGGCUCAGGGAGUCUGCCCAGGUGGACACUGCUAGCUGCCCCAACAAGAAAGGUGGUUUCCUAUUUUCAUAUGCAAAAGUGAUCGUUCCUGUCCCCUGCAUGUGAUGUCAGUAGCCAGCUGUGACAUAAUGUGGUGGGGGAUCUGGGGCCGGAGGGGUGCUCUGGGUUUGCACAGUGAUCGGCAUAUACUCACGGGGUUAGAGAAAUAAAAGAUAUUUUG